AUGUCGGUCCUAUUCACGAGCAUUUCGGAAGGCAACCCAGUCAAACCUGGUGACGCGGAGUCUCUUCUCGCGCCCCUCGGGUUGACCAUCGACCCCGCCGAGGCAAAGGACUUCCACACGCUCCUGGCGGCGGUCCAUGACUGCGCCGAGACAGUCGCUGCUCUGCCGGACUACCAGCCCAUCUCAGAUCAGACCCGCUAUCCGCGCGAAAAUGUACGCAGGCCGAGUGAAGAGGAACAGGUCUUAGGGCAGGCGUGGGUACACCGGUUUCUAAUCAGGGGCAAUGCAGAGGGGCCGUUGGCUCGGAAGUCAGUUAGUCUUAAGGAUGUGAUUGCUGUUGCAGGAGUACCACAGCUGCUGGGAAGCGACAUCAUUCCUUCCUGGACGCCAGUUACAGAUGCCACAAUCGUGACUAGACUGCUAGAAGCUGGCGCAGAUAUUCACGGGACGUCGACAUGCGAGAACUACUGUCAUUCUACUUCCUCGUAUACCAGUGCGCAAGGUGUAGUUGAGAAUCCCCAUGCCGAGGGCUACUCCGCUGGUGGGAGUACGUCUGGUGGUGCAGCCUUGGUGGCUGCCGGGCUGGUAGACAUCACCAUCGGAGGAGAUCAGGGCGGGAGUAUCCGAGUUCCUGCAGCGUUGUGCGGGUGCGUCGGCCUUAAGGCAACUUAUGGACGGGUUCCAUUUACUGGAAUCACCAGCGGCGAUGCCCUCAAUGACCAUGUCGGGCCCCUGACACGGACCACGUUGGAUGCCGCAACAUGUCUAGAUGUGAUGAGUGGCUAUGAUGGUAUAGACGACAAGUCGAUUUGUAGUCCAAAGCCAGGGUCAACUCGAUUUGCAGCUAUACUGCAGCAGAACCCGGCACGGCUGGAUGGGUUCAAAGUCGGAAUUUUGACUGAAGGAUUCAAUCAUAGCGCAAUUGACCCUGUGGUUAGAGCUACGGUAAUGACAGCGGCGAAGAAGUUUAAAGACCUAGGGGCACACAUCGAGGAAGUGUCGCUGCCAGACCACCUGCACGGGCCAGCGAUCUGGACCAUCCAGCAACGUAUUUCAGGGACGCAAACUCUACUCGGUCAGAGUGCUGGACGACGGGAGCUCUACUUGACUGAACAGCAACAAGCAAGCCUCCCAUGGACUGAUGAGGGCUUCCAGCGAGCAUUUCCUUCCACGAAGAACGUCAUCAUCAACGGCCUUUAUCUAUCAUCACGCUUCCCGGGUUUGUACGGCAAGACAGUCAAUAUUGGCCGACAGCUGCGAGACAAGUACGAAGUACUAUUUGAAAAUUUCGAUGUCCUAGUGAUGCCGACAACUCCAGUAGUGGCACCAAAACAUGGCAAGCGAGGCUUGCCUCUCGAGUCGGUGAAGCCGAGUAUGGGCCUCACAAUCAACACGGCCAUCUUCGAUGUGACUGGUCAUCCCGCAAUGUCGAUUCCGGUUGGAUCUGCACCGGCUAAAGAGGACGGGGAUGUUUUAUUGCCGGUGGGAAUGCAGAUAGUUGGCGGCUUGUGGAAAGAGGAAAAGAUUCUGAGGGCUGGACAUGCUUGGGAGACUCACUUUGACUGGAAGAAGAUGUAA